AUGUCGACCGAGAUCAGGAUCCGCAGCAUCCUCUUCUCCUCCAAGAGCAAUAACAGCAACGUCCGCAAGGGACAUGCGCCGCCCAUCAUUGACCUCCAGGUCAUCAAGAACGCCUACGACGGCAAGAGAUACCUCCUCAUGCAGGUGAACAUUCCAAAGACCAAGAAGACCUACUGCAAGAACAAGGAGUGCAAGAAUACUCAGGGGAAGCGUCAUUAUGACCGCAAGCAGUCUCGAUAUGGAGGUCAUACAAAGCAUGUUUUCCACAAGAAGAUCAACCGGUCUCUGGCUCAGCAGGGCCAGCAAGGACCUGAUGGAGAGGGGGCUCAUCAGGAUGGUGUCAAUAUUGUGGGAACUGUUCUAGUGCCUGAUCUGUAUCCCAAUUCAGGCUCAAAAUGCACCCCAUUUACUUCACCUCUAGAAUAUCUCUUUCCAGUCUUUGUGGAAUAA